AUGGCAUCUCCGUUCCGUCUGGAUGGCAAGGUCGCCCUUGUCACAGGUGCCGGCCGAGGUAUUGGGGCGUCUAUCGCGGUCGAACUGGCCCGUGCUGGAGCAAAGGUAAUUGUCAACUAUGCCAGUUCAAGCGGACCGGCCGAAAAGGUCGUGGCCGAGAUCAAAAGCCUGGGGUCAGAUGCCGUCGCGAUCCAAGCAAAUGUCAGGGAUGUUAAAGAGACAGUGCGACUAUUUGAAGCUGCCAAGUCGCAUUAUGGACAACUCGAUAUUGUUGUCUCUAAUGCCGGAGUCGUCUCUUUCGGACACUUCGGAGACGUCACAGAGGAAGAAUUUGACCGUGUCUUCAGCCUCAACACGCGGGGACAGUUCUUCGUAGCUCGAGAAGCGUACAAGCAUCUGAGUCGAGGUGGUCGCAUUAUUCUUACCAGCUCGAACACCGCUGAAGGGUUCGUCGUACCCAAGCACUCGCUAUACUCCGCCUCGAAGGGAGCCAUUGAGUCUUUUGUGCCGUGUUUGGCAGUUGACUGCGGAAAGAAGAGGAUCACGGUAAAUGCCAUUGCGCCCGGCGGUAUCGUGACAGAUAUGUUCCAUGCCACUGCGAGAGACUACCUUCCGCAUGGUGAGAACCUGAGCGAGGAGCAGAUCUUGAAGAUCGUUGCAUCAGUAUCUCCUCUCAACCGCGUUGGCCUACCAGUGGAUGUUGCGCGUUGUGCUGUCUUUCUAGCGAGCAGCGAGGGCGAGUGGAUCAACGGCAAGAUUUUGCGACCCGACGGUGGGGCUGGGAGCUUCCCAAGCGGCGAGGAUUAA